AUGCAUUUCUCUCCCGUCGUAUUCAUCGCCCUCUCGGUCCUCGGGGUGACCGCAGCACCCGCACCCGCCGAGCUUCACGGCUACGAGGCGCGCGGGAUAUUCGAGGUGAUGCACAAGCUGGGGCUCAGAUCAGAUACCCAGGAAAGUCGCCAAAAAGAGUACGAUGAGUGCGUCGAGGCGGCCAAAAAAGACCGCAAGGUCAAACUAGAGAAACCCGUCGCGGACGAGACCGAAAUCAACACUGAGUACCUUCUAUACCUGGCGUUAUGCGACAAGAUCUGGACUGCAUUACAAGAUCAAUAA